AUGACCACCUGCUCACAUAACGAGCUUCUUAACUUUCCUGCUGUUGAUGUCGUGGACUACGCGAAGAGGACAUACCGGCAGCCGCAUUACACUGUUGUGGGAGGCGUCCAGAGGGUUCAAUCAAGGAUAUCUGAAGGGCUAGUUGUUAGGCUCAGGUCCACAGUCACCGCAGUCGAGUCAACCGGGACAAGGUGUCGGAUCACAUGGACCGAUUCGCAGGGUGACAUUGUGUCGGAAGAAUAUGAUCACGUCAUCAUGGCAGUCACUCCCGAUGUUGUCAGCACUAUAUUCCAGCCUCUGGAGAAGCCUCUUCAGUCGAUCCCCGUUGUUAAAGGGGAGUGCAUUGUUCAUCGCGAUACAUCCAUCGUUCCUGACGGUGGCUUGCUAGCUGCCGAAGCUCAGAAAGCACGCAAGCAGCCCGAGAUUAUGUACAUGUUCUCCGAUGGCACAUCGACUGAAUCCGUCCACCAGCAUCCUUUGUCUGUCUUAGUAACGAAUUUUCCAAUCGCACCCAUCGAAUCGAGUAAGAUAAUUUAUCGCACACAGUUGACCCGGGUCUUGCGGACCACAGAGAGUAGGAAAGUGGUGAACAGCAUAUUUUCCGACGGCCGGUCUCAACAGACGCGACAAGAGAAGGAGCAAAUAUGGCGCAAUGGGAAUGGAAACGUCUGGCUUGUUGGCGCAUGGUGCUGGGACGGAAUGGUGCUCCUUGAAGGAUGUGUCAUGUCUGCAAUGAGAGUUGCAGCGUGUCUGGAUGUCGAUAUACCGUGGUCGAAUGAUGAGUGA